AUGAUGACAGCCUUAGGUCCAUUUCGGUAUAUCCAAAUGGCAAGGUAUUUGGUACAUAGAUGGGCAGAUCAAAUACCCGCGACAGUUAAAGGAAAAGGGAAAUUCAUGUCAUUACCGUUACUUCGACGUUCACCAUCUACCGCAACUAAGCAGAUAUUACGUUCAACAGCAGUAGAAUCUCCUUCUUCCGGUUCAUCCCAAUCCUCUGAAAUACCAUUACCUGGACCAUCUAGAUUGACCGAUAACAACAAUCACCACCACAACAAUCAUCAUCAAAAUCAUCACCAUAACAAACAUCAUCAUCGGCCCAACGUCAAAUUCCCAAAACUAGCUCCGGAUCCAAAAUGGCCUCCUGGUCCUCACGAGAUAUUCAGAUUAAUGAAUGAUGAAAGGCUGAUGGUCGGUCACAAGGUCAAACCUCCGAGAGAAACCGUGGUUUUAUGUCAUGGCUUAUACGGCUUCUCGACGGCUACUCCAAUACCACUUUUCCCAUCUUUGAAACUACAUUAUUGGGCAAAUGUCCUGGAUGUAUUGCGGAAUAGAAUAGGAGCCAAUGUUGUCGUAGUGGGAGUGAAAGGCACUGGAUCAAUCAAAGAACGUGCUGAGCAAAUGCACGAGUUUCUCAAGGAUAAUUUACCGAAAGGUACUGGCGUAAAUUUCGUUGCACAUUCAAUGGGUGGAUUAGAUUGUCGAUACCUCAUUUCCACCAUUAAACCCACAACUUAUACGCCACUCUCAUUGACUACUAUUGGAACACCACAUCGCGGAUCUCCAUUCAUGGAUUGGUGUGCAGCCAACAUUGGUGUUGGAUCAGUCGCAGCAGCAGCUACCGCUGCUCUGACAGGAGGAAAAGUCAAGUCAUUACCCCCUUAUUCAUUGAAAUCACCUCUAUUAUCAAGACCACAAGAAGAGAAAACUACUAAAGUAGAUGCAUUAGGAAGUUUGGCAGCUGGAUUAACAUCAUACCUUUUAAACAUAUUUGAUUCACCGGCAUAUUCAAAUCUUACUACAUCAUUCCUUCGAGAUCACUUUAAUCCAUCAACACCUGAUUCACCGAAUGUCAAAUAUACUUCUGUAGCUGGCCGAAUAUCGAAGAUGUCUGUCCUACAUCCAUUGUGGUUUUCCAAAUUCGUUCUAGACGCAGCUGCAGAGAAUGGAUACGCAGAGGAUCAUUCCAAUACCAUACAUGGACCUAAUGGAUCAAGAUCGUAUGAGGGCAAUGAUGGUUUGGUCAGCGUCAGUUCAGCUAAAUGGGGUGAAUAUAUCGGUGCUGUCGAUGAAUGUCAUCAUUGGGAUUUGAGAGGUGAAGGUGGAUUAUUCCCUCAAGGUUUAGGAAAUACUUCAGGAGGUGAUAAUGAUAAAAGAAAGGAAAAAGAACAAGAAGUGGAAGAUGAGUUAAUAGACGAUUCCAAGAUGAAUGGUUUAACCCAACAUCUUGAUUUGAAAGAUUUCAAUAAAGAUCCAGCUACAGCAGCUAAAUUGACUUUGAAAGAAUAUGAAGACAAUGAAAAAUCAAAACAAUUAGGCAAAGCCGGAUCCUCUUCUUCUCCAUCAUCAUCUUCCUCAAAAAACCCAGAUUCUGGUUCGAGCAAUUCAUGGGAUAUAGCACAGGUCGGACAAGUCAUAGAUUGGGUAUCGGAUUUCUUACCUGGUGAUAGUAAAGCGAAUAAUGAACUAGGCAAAAAACAAUUGGAAGAAGCAACUCUGGAAAAGGCUCAAGAGAGUAAACAUCAAGAAAAGAGGAAAAAGGAGAAAUUUGAUUUAGGUAGAUUCUACGGUGGUCUGAUGAUCAAAUUGAGAGAGGAUGGUUAUUAA